AGCUUUGGUGAGCAGCGUGGACCCUGCAGGGAGAAGCUGCUCAACUCCGGACAUUCAGUUCACAUCUAUUUAUAUCAUCUACACCUGUAACACCUGUGUGUUUAUCACUGCAGCAUCACCGUCAGCAGGACGGAGGUGUGUGAGGGCUCCACCAUGUUGGCUGAAGUUCGGUGAGGUGCAGGACGCUCCAGCAUGGGUAAACUCCAGAGCAAGCUCCGGCGCCGAUCUGACCUCUACAGGUCCCACACCUGGGCCAGAGAGGGGGCGGAGUCUACACCUCUACCUCAGGUGGUGCAGUAUGAACCCGCCCACUCGGACGCCGUUAACUGUGUGACCUCGCUGACCUCUGACCUCUGUGUGUCAGGUGGAGGUGACCAGGCGGUGGUUGUAUACGACUGGAGAGCAGGGAAGCUCUGUAGAUCUUUCCAUGGCCACAGUAAGGAGAUCACCAAGUUGGCGUGUUUCACAGGCAGUACGUGGAUCUUCAGCGCCUCCCGGGAUAAAUCGGUGCUCAUGUGGGAUUUUACUGGAGGUUCGAACCCUGUCCAGUCCUUCUGCGGACACGAGCUGGUGGUGAACGGGGUCGCUGUGAGUCCAGACGGGUCGAAGCUGUGCACCGGUUCCCGUGACAACUCCAUGUGUCUGUGGGACAUCGAGACCGGGAAGCGGUUACAGAGAAACACCAUCUCACGCAACCUGGUGACUCACCUGUGCUGGGUUCCUGGAGGAACAUCAGUGGUCCAGACAUCAGAAGAUAAAACCGUCAGAGUGUGGGACAGCAGGGCGUGGCAGGUGACGAACACGUUUCCAGCUAAGCAGUACAUCCAGACCCACUGUGAUGUCAGCAUGAACCAAAACCACCUGCUGUCCAGCAGCAACGGCUUCGGGGGCCACGGCGCUGAGACCACGCUGUGGGACCUCAGGCAGCCCGGCUGUAGGGUUCUGGAGUACCGCGGGCAUCACCAGACCACCGCCUGCUCCGUCUUCCUCCCGCCCAGCGUGGGGUCAGCAUCACUCAUCACCACGUCCUCAUACGACCAAUCAGUGAAGAUCUGGGAUCAGAACACAGCGGUGUGUGUACUCACUUUGACCCUGGACGGUUCGGGGCCGUUGGUGUGUGUGGCCCCGUGUGACUCCAGCACUCUGCUGUGUGCCAGCUUUAACUCAGGCCUUCACCAGCUGCAGGUGGCACAGGGCGCCGUGCCCGGCCUCAGGGAGGUGGCACGCUUUUAACCAGCACCGCCGCCGCCGCUGCUAACCGCUAACACGCUGCCUAACACUACUGAUACUGCUGGUUACAGACAUUACUAUUACCACUAACACUACUGAAUCUACUAACACUACUAACUCUAAUUACUCUACUAACAUUAAUGAUACUACCGACUCUGCUAACACUACUGACUCUACUAGCUGUACUGACUACUGACAGUACUGACUCUACUGAUUACAGACAUUACUGUUACCACUGCCACUACUGACUCUACUAACACUACUGACUGUACUGACUAUACUGACUAUACUGGCACUAUUGAGUACUGACUCUACUGACAACACUGACUCUAAUUACUCUGCUAACACUACUGAUACUAUUGACUCUACUGACUCUUACUAGCUGUACUGACACUACCCAGUACUGACUCUACUGAUUACAGACAUUACUGUUACUACUGGCAUUACUGACUCUACUAGCUGUACUAGCACUACUGAGUACUGACUCUAUUGACAGUACGGACUCUGCUGCCUUUACUAACACUACUGACUCUACUUACAGUACUACUCACUUUAAUGAUUCUACUGCCACUACUGACUGUCCUGACACUACUGACUCUACUAAAUUACUGGCACUGCUGACUCUAGUGACUCUACUGACUGUCCUGACUCUCACUGACAGUCUGCAGAUCCACAGUGGGUGAUGAGGACCAGGAGAGAUGUUUUCCUCUGCCUCGUGUUCCUCACCUGAUUAUGCAAAACUGUGACCAAACACUGGAGGGAGUCGAGCACACGCCCCACUGCUCCCAGUCCAGUGGAUACGACCUCAACCCUUCUCAGCUCAGUUUAUAUGGGCACAGAGACGUCACCAGCACUGGUCAUUCAAUUGUGUUCAUUAUGAGAUUUAUACCAUUAUUAAACAUUAUGCAAAUGAUCUCAAAUAAAAGCUAAAACCUGUUAAA